UUCAUCUGUCCUGCGGGGUAGUAUGACCUAUGCUUUAGGACUGUUGGAGCUUCUGUGAUCGGCUAGGACUGCUUAAGACGAGGUAUGCCUCCAGCAGGUUGUUGUAACACUGCUAGACCGUGGUCGGAGCCUCGAGAAGGGUAUACUGUGGCUCAUAUUGUGCAUUGGUGUAGCCAGAUGUCCUCUGAACGUCUUGCGGUGUGCAUUGACCGAGGUCGUACUGUAUGUGGAGUUGACCUGAGCCACCGUUACAUGAAAUGCAGCUUGCUCCAGCUUGGAAGCCAAGUGUCCGGGGCGACCAGAGACAUGGACUGUUGGGGUUGUCAGGCCGGUCGUGUGUCUGGCCAGAACCCGUCUCGAGCUUCAUUUUGUUGUGUGUUCUACGUCGGCUUUUUUGACUGUGAGUAGAUUUUUGCUUCUUUGCCCAGAGCGCUACGCAAUAGAAGCUUCAAAAAGAGCGGACCAUAAGGGGAGGAAUGAGAACAUGGCGGAAGGUUGAUCGCUCAACGCUAAACCCCAGAUCGUCGCCUCUAGCCUCUCCCGCUUUGCUGUCAGCCUUCUCCAGGUCAUUGCCCAUCAGGUCGCUUGGCGGGCUUGGGGAGCUUAGGGAGCCCUUUGGUGUCCAACCCCUCAGGAAUAAUCCCCCAGCACCAAAUGCUGGGCAUCUUGACUCAGUGAAUGGUGAAAAUUCCAACCCGG